ACCUCUCCGUCCUUCUCUCUCCCCUCUGUCUCUCUCUCAUCAGACCCGCACGUCGCCGUUGUUGGCAGAACAUCUCGCCGGAAAAUUCCCAGAACACUUCGGGCGUCGCGGUGUAGCGCGGGAGCAUGAAGUUCUCGAAGAGCCUCGGCAUCCUGAUCGAGGAGGCCUUGCCGGAAUGGCGGGACAAGUUUCUGUCGUACAAGGACUUGAAGAAGCAGCUGAAGCUGAUCUACCCCAAAGACGGAGACAAACCUCCCAAUAAACGGCCUAGAUUGUCCGACGACGACGACGAUCGUGCUGACGGCGAGGGCGGUGAGGUUUCCAAGGAGGUAACGGAUUUCGUGAGGUUGUUGGAGAACGAAUUGGAAAAGUUUAAUGCUUUUUUUGAGGAGAAGGAGGAAGAUUACGUUAUUCGAUGGAAGGAGCUGCAAGACAGGGUAGCAGACGCAAAGGAUUCCAAUGAAGAGUUGAUGAAUGUAGGGAGAGAGAUAGUUGAUUUUCAUGGAGAGAUGGUUUUGUUAGAAAAUUACAGCGCCCUUAACUAUACAGGUCUAUUGAAGAUACUAAAGAAACAUGACAAGCGAACUGGUGCUCUAAUUCGCCUUCCCUUUGUCCAAAGGGUCAUGCAACAACCAUUCUUCACUACUGAUGUACUAAACAAGCUUGUAAAGGAGUGCGAGGUGAUGCUCGAUCAUGUUUUCUCCAAGAAUGACCCAUCAGCCCCAUCUGAAGCAACCGAAGUGGAAGAACGGUGUGAGUCUACGACUGUGACUGAAAAUAGAGAUAGGAUAUUUAAAGCGCCUACUGAACUUGCAGAAAUAAAACAGAUGGAGAGCGUCUAUGUGAAGCAAACUGUGUCGGCAUUGCGUGUCUUGAAAGAGGUACGGAGUGGAAGCUCAACUGUGAGUGCCUUCUCAUUGCCCCCUUUGCAAAUAAAUGUGAUGGAAGAGGAUUUGAAGAAUAUGCCUGUUUUAGAACAAGUAGCCAAAUAAAUGUUUUGAAAAAUUAGGGAUUGAAUUUCCUUUUGGUAUUGAAUUUAGACCAAUCAUAGAUACCAAUUGUAUUCUCAUAACGGUGGGAUCGAGCCUUUGAAAUCCCAUCCCUUUUUACCCUGACCACUGUUUGCAUGUCAAACUGAAGUUAACUCGUGUGAAGAUGAUUGUCGCCCUAUCUUAUAAUUAUCAAUUGUUGCCCCCUUUUUAUGUGAA